AUGACUAAAUUCAGACCAUGCAUUGAUCUUCACUCGGGACAGGUUAAGCAGAUUGUGGGCGGUACCCUCAGCGAUGCUGCCGAAGGUCUAAAAACCAAUUAUGUUUCCAAACUCCCGGCCGGUCAUUAUGCGGAAUUAUACCAGAAACACAAUUUACGCGGCGGACAUGUGGUGAAGCUUGGCCCUGGAAAUGAGGAGGCAGCGCAAGAGUCUGUUCAGACUUGGCGUGGUGGGCUGCAGAUGGCUGGAGGAAUUACUGACAAGAAUGCGCAAUACUGGAUUGACCAGGGUGCAGAGAAGGUGAUCAUCACAUCUUUCCUUUUCCCGGCCGGGAAAUUCUCGCUUGAGCGGCUCGAGUCGGUUCUCUCAGCAUUAGGCGGUGACAAAUCAAAGCUGGUAUUAGAUCUGAGUUGCCGGAGGAAAGAUAAUACCUGGUUUGUGGCCAUGGACCGCUGGCAGACUAUCACCGAGAUGGAAAUCAAUCAAGAAUCAAUUGCCUUCUUGGAACCCUACUGCUCUGAAUUUCUGAUCCAUGCGGCGGAUGUGGAAGGACUGCAGCAAGGAGUUGAUGAAGAGCUGGUAUCGAAAUUGGCUGAGUGGUGUACCAUUCCAGUCACAUAUGCUGGUGGUGCUCGCAGCCUGCAGGAUCUAGAAAAGGUUCAUGUCAGCAGCCAUGGCAAGGUAGAUUUGACCAUUGGAAGUGCACUGGACAUCUUCGGUGGCUCAGGUGUUACAUUCGAUGAAUGUAUCGAGUGGAACAAAACACAUUAA